GAUCUAUGAGCUCAGUAAAUAUUCUCUGUUUUCAGACCAUUGGUAUUUCUUCACAUGCCACCUGUAUGAGUAUCCUUUUAUUGGAAAGAACAAGACCUGGGAUGAAGCUCAAAAGUACUGUAGAGAGAACUAUGCAGACCUGGCCACAGUGUCUGACAUGACAGACAUGAGGAGACUCUGUAGCUCUACAGAGAAUCAGGAUGAAGCCUGGAUUGGUCUGCACAGCUACCCAGGAAGAGAGAACAGGAAGUGGUACUGGUCUCUGCCAGGACUGGAGUUUAACAACAGUACUGCAAGAUGGGCGAGUGGAGAACCCAAUGAUGGAGGACCAAAUUUUCCAAUUGAGAACUGUGGAGUGAUGAUAAAAAGACAAUGGCAUGAUUAUCCUUGUAAUGGUUUACAUACAUUUAUCUGCUCUAACGAAACAAAACAAUCCAACACCACAUUUCAUUAUAUUGAUACACCAAUGACUUGGCCUCAGGCUCAGAAUCACUGUAGACAACAUUACACAGACCUGGUCAGUGGACUGGACCAGUUGGAUGAUCCAACCGUUGUAUCUCAAAGCUAUGUGUGGAUCGGUCUGUUCAGAGACACGUGGAGGUGGUCAGAUGGGAGUAACUCCUCCCUCAGAAACUGGCAAAGUCUUGGAGAUUUGGUUGAUGGACAAAGUAACAAGACAUGUGCUACUGUGUUAAACACAGCAGGAACAUGGAGCUACGACUAUUGUGAUACACAAAAACCCUUCUACUGCUACGAAGCAAAUCCAAAGAGGAAAUAUGUGGUGAGAGUGAAACUGGCUGCUGACCCCUCUGUGAACAUGACAGACCCUGCUGUGACUGAGUCCAUGUUAAAACAGAUGGAAGCAAGGUUAAAAGAAAAAGGUUUAUCUGUGAAGCUGAGCUGGAGGAAACUCCCUAUCAAACUAAACAUAGAAGCACAAGAAUCCAAGCAGGGCUGUACAUAGUUCUGUAAUAAGUUGUACUAUAAAGGUGGUUCAUAGUUUUCUUUCGUCACCCCCUACAUUGGAUGCAGUUUCAAAAUAUAGUAGUUGUACUGCAUAGAGGUGUGACCUUGUUUUUGUGCUAAUUGGGAGUGGAAGUGUCACCCUCCUUUACUGUAUUUGUAGUCUAAUGUUGUGUACAGCCACAUGUCACUCAUGUAGUUUGUUGCUUUGUAUAUUUAGCAGUAGCAAAGGAGGCAACUAAGCUAAUUCAUUAAAGCUGAGUUUAGGAUGUGCCACAAGUCCUCUUCCUGUUUUUAAUGUCCACCAAAGUGAGUUUAGUUUCAGGCUCUGUCUAGUUCGUAAUUGAUUGUAACACAUGAAGAAAAAAACAACCUUCUCAGCAACAAGUUGAAGCUGCUGUACAAGGGCUUCUGAAUGUUGAGACACUGACACUUCAAGGAUUUCAGACACUGUGUUCCUGAUCAUGGACCAGGUCUAUAAGAGGGUUUUGUAGUAAAAGAUGCCAAAUAAAA